CUACAACUAACUUCAUGUCACCACAUGGGAUACGCAAGGUGGGUUUGGGGAUGAAGCAAGUGGCCCUGCAGAACCCUUGCCGGACCCAAGUUGGCAACAAGGAAGUUGUCUCUUCAACACAUGCAGUCAAAGGUGUGCGCACUAAGUUUGACAAAGGCAAGACUGUCACCCACGCAUUGAACUUCUUUGUCCUUGACAAGUGCCCCUUCGAUGCUGUCCUUGGCUUGGGCUGGCUGCAGUCCCAAUGCGAAUGGACCAAGUGGAAGGAGUCACUCUUCAUGGUCAAAGAUGCUCAGGGGAACGAGCUUCCUGUCCUCUUGGAUGAGAAGCGCGAAUCCCCAAUGACUUUUCUGAAUGCUAUGCAGUUCUGUAAGAAAUGGCGCAAGCACAAGGAGGAAGAACAGUUGUAUGUUGCCUUUGUUCGUCCUACCCAUGUGCCAUCUACUUUUGCGGCUAAUAUCACUACUACUUUGAUUGAUGAUCCUACUUCUGGUGGGUGCAAGGUCUUCUCCAAGAUCGAUCUCAAGUCUGGCUACCACCAGAUUGAAGUCGAUCCUGCGGACCAGCACAAGACUGCGUUCAAAACACGCGGCGGGUUUUAUGAGUUCACCGUAAUGCCCCUCGGUCUCACGAACGCACCAGCCACUUUCCAAAGCCUCAUGGACAAGGUCCUCCGCGAACAGAUUGGCCGGUUUGUGGUAGUGUACCUGGAUGAUAUUCUGAUCUUCAGCAAGUCCAUGGAGGAGCACCUCAAGCAUCUUGAGGAGGUGCUCGCUAUCCUCAAGAAGACGCAACUUCACCUCAACUUUGAGACAUCCGAGUUUGGGAAGGAUAGCAUCAUUUAUCUUGGGCAUCGGUUGUCUGUUGCAGGCCUAGAGCCUGAGGCAACCAAGAUUGAGGUCAUACGCGAUUGACCUCAGCCUGCUAACAUUCGCGAAUUGCGUUCUUUCCUUAGUCUCGCGUCGUAUUAUCGAAAGUUUGUACCCCGUUUUUCUAUCAUUGCUCGUCCAUUGUCGCAACUAACCAAUAAAAAUGUGCCUUAUUCCUGGGAUGUCGCGUGUACAGAAGCUUUUCAAGCUCUCAAGGAAGCCUUGGUAAGUUACCCAGUACUCCGCAUUGCAGAUCCCAAACUGACAUUCGUAGUUACUACGGAUGCAAGUCAGUAUGGAAUCGGUGUAGUGUUGCAACGAGAUGAUGGCGAUGGCUUGCGGCCACUCGAGUACUACAACAAACGGAUGCCCAACGU